AUGCUCCUCCUCGCGGCAUUGAUCGCGACCGCUGCGUCGAGCAUGCGCCUGCCUAGCAGCGUGAUCCACGACAACACCGUGCGCUACUUCGCGUUCGGCUCCAACCUCGAUCCGAGCAAGAUGGCGUCGCGCGGCAAGAACGCGUCGGCCAUCCCCUACGCGAAGCGCUGGGCCUGCGUCGCGCACGGCUACCGCCUCGCUUUCAACAUGCGCGGCUUCCCGCCGCUCGAGCCGGCGAUGGCGUCCAUCGCCGAGAGCGCGGACGACGAGUGCCCGGGCUGCGUCUACGAGAUGGCGCUCGACGACUACGAGGCGCUCUGGCGGAGCGAGGGCGGCGCCAUGCCGCGAAGCCCCUACCGCGAGGUCGUCGUCCGCGUGUCGCGGCCCGACGGCCCCGACGUCGACGCCGUGACGCUCGCGGCCGAGGACUGGUGCCGGCUCCGGUCGGACGCGAUCCCGUCGAAGCGCUACCUGGGCAUCAUCGAGACGGGCGCAAGGUCCCUGGGCCUCGAGGCCCACGCGGACGCGCUGGCGAAGAUGCCGCGCGCGGACCCGUCGCGGCUGCUCCGACUCGUCGCGACGAGCCACGGAACGAUCUCCAUCGCCUGCUACCGCCUCGGCCUGAGCGGCCUCCUCGCGCCCGUGCGGCUCUGGUGCUACGCGUGCCUCUACGGCGGAAACUCGCCGCUCCUCCGCUUCGCCUCCGAGGCCCUCAUCGCGACGGCGCUCUUCCCGGGCGCGGUCCUCGGCGCGGUCGUCCGUUUGGCGCGGCGCGCGCUCCGCCUGCCGGCCCUGUCGUUCGCGCCGCCGUCCUAA